AUGAGGCUUGGAUUAUUUGAACUUGAUUUGGCCCAUAGGUUCAGGGUGCAUGUAUCUACAAUUAACAGAAUUUGCAUAUCCUGGAUCAAUUUUCUGUACUUAAAAUUCGGUCACCUCAACAUUUGGCCAGACAGAGAGACAAUAGAUAAAGCAAAGCCCCAGUCUUUCAAGGAUAAGUACCCCAAAACAAGGGUUAUUAUUGAUGGGACAGAAAUCAAAUGUCAAACCCCUUCCUCUUUGGUUCUGCAUAGUGAAACUUUCUCUACGUACAAGAGUCAUACGACAUUUAAAGGUUUGAUUGGCAUUGCACCGAGUGGCCAUAUAACAUUCAUUUCGCAACUUUAUGCUGGGAGCAUUUCAGAUAGAGAGUUAACUGCCAGGUCGGGGCUACUCAGCUUACCUUUUUCCCGUGGUGAUGUAGUAAUGGCUGACAAAGGCUUCACUAUUUCAGAUCUUCUGGAGCCCAUUGGUGUUGGCUUGAAUAUCCCCCCAUUUCUUGGUUUAAGAAGUCAACAGACCCCUUCAGAAGUUAUUGCGACUCAGGAAAUUGCGUCCGAGCGUAUUCACGUGGAAAGAGCGAUAAACAAAGUAAAGAAUUUCCAAAUUUUUAAUCAAGUCAUUCCACUGUCCUUAGCUGGUAGUCUAAAU